UUGUUUCCAAAGGGCAAUUUUGUCAUCCGUUUUAGUACAUCCCACAGAAAGCCCCAGCGUUUGAAUGAAGUCUGUAAAGUGGACUGAUCAGCGAGCGUGCAUCUAAUUCUGGUGAAGUUUUCAGCAUUCGAUCAAACUACUUCAACUGGUAACAGAGGUUCAGAGAGACGCAAUUGCUCAACUUCCGGCGCACAAAUGUAUUGAAAAUCCAAUCCGGAUUUGCAGGGGCGGUUCAUCUGGGUGCCUGUACCGGCCCUUGCUGAGGACAGAAGCUGCUCUAUUCGCGGCGUCGGCUGAAGAAGGUGAGAUUGCAGCCUGGCUACCCGAGAGCGUGAUGAUGAAUCCCAGCCUGGUCUCCGCUUUUUUAUGCUGCUGUGCUGUCACGAUCCUGCUCCUGAAUUGGCGCAGGAGGAGGACCGGCCAAAGGAAGAUGCAGGAGGCGAGGUGGAGGCGGGAUCGCGCGCUGCAACAAAUGGAAAAGGCUGCUGGAAACUUCAAGCAGCAGAAUCCCAGCCACCAACCAGCACCGAUACUGGCUUUCACCCUGCCUCAGUUGUGUGGAAAUCUCAGGGAUGGCUCACUCUCACCUGAGACUGUCUUAUGCACUUACAUGGACAAGGCCCUGGAUGUGACUAGAGAGAUCAACUGUGUGACUGAUUAUCUGGAGAAUAGUGAAUCCCAGCUUCUGCAUCUGAAAAGCCAGGGGAAGAAAGGCUUGCUCUAUGGGGUUCCCGUCAGCAUAAAGGAUUCCAUUGACUGCAAGGGCCAUGACUCCACACUGGGUUUGGUGAAGCGUCUCCAUAAACCAGCAACAGCAGAUGCUGUGGUAGUUCAGGUGUUAAAACAACAGGGAGCAAUUCCAUUUGUCAAAACUAACGUUCCUCAGUCUUUGCUGAACUAUGACUGCAGCAAUCUGAUCUUUGGGCAGACGGUGCAUCCUAUGGAUCACACGAAAACCCCUGGUGGUUCUUCGGGAGGGGAAGCUUCCCUUAUUAAAAGUGGAGGCUCUAUCCUCGGCAUUGGCACAGAUGUAGGAGGGAGCAUUCGCAUUCCAGCUGCUUUCUGUGGAAUUUGUGGAUUCAAAGCCACAGGCAACAGAAUCAGCAAAAGAGGAAUUGUACCCAGCAUCCGUGGGCAAAAAUCAGCUAGUCCAGGAGUAGGACCAAUGGCCAGGGAUGUUGAUGGUCUUGUUCUGUGCAUAAGAGCCAUCCUGUGUGACCAAAUGUUCCAGCUGGACCCCACAGUUGCUCCUCUUCCCUUCAAUGAGAAGGUGUAUUCCAGCUCUCAACCCCUCCGAAUAGGAUACUAUACCACUGAUUCGUUUACAGUGCCAAGCCCUUCCAUGAAGCGGGCUGUUCUGGAAACCAAGCACCUCCUGGAGAAGGCUGGCCACACGGUGCGUCACAUGUUGGUGCCCUUCAAGCCCUUAAACAUAGAACAUGUUAUGAGCACCCUUGUGCCAGCGGGAUUGUUUGCUGAUGGUGGUACUACCUUUCUAGAAAGCUUCCAAGGGGAGUCUGCGGAUCCCAAUAUAAAGGAGUUUCUGCUUAUGGUAAAGUUACCUGGUUGGUUGAAAAGCUUCCUAUCCUGGAUCGUCAGAGCAAUAAGUCCUCGUAUGUCAAAAUCCCUGAGGAGCAUGAAGGAGAAGUCUGUCAAUCAGCUUUGGAAACUUCAUACUGAAGUUGAGGAAUACUGCCAUGAAUUCAUUGCUGAAUGGAAGAGGCUCAAUUUGGAUGUGGUGCUUUGUCCUGCCCUGGGUCCAGCUUUUAAGAUUGGGUUUCCAGGGAAAAUAUCAGUGGGGGCAAGUUACACGAUCUUAUAUAACUUCCUGGACUUCCCUGCUGGAGUUGUGCCGGUCACGACAGUGACAGCGAAAGAUGAGGAGGAUUUGAAAACUCUCAGAGGCCACUACGAUGAUAUAUGGGACAGGACUUUAAAGAAGGCAGCAGCAGGAGCAAUAGGACUCCCUGUGGCUGUCCAGUGUGUGGCUUUGCCCUGGCAGGAUGAGCUGUGCCUCCGGUUCAUGAAAGAGGUGGAGAAGCUGACCCAAGAAAAACAAAGGAAGUGUUGAAUGUGAUGUUGCAUAAAACAGGCCUCUGGAAUUUGGUGCUGUCUUUGAUCAAAUGGUUUAAGAACAUCGUUGCCUCAUGAACAGUGAAAGUGCAUCAGUGGUCCCAUGGUCACUUGUCCCUUUGUGAAUGCUUCUGACAAAGGGUCCUUGCAGUCUAUGCAACUGCAGCUGCUGUCUGACACAGCCCCAAAUGCUGAGGCAGGGAGUGAUUGCCUGCUUCGUCCGCACACUAAAGAAUCUAAUUCUGAGUGGAGUGGAAAGAAUGUAAGGACCUCACUCACUCACUCACUCACUCACUCACUCACUCACUCACACUCACUCACUCACUCACUCACUCACUCACUCACUCACUCACUCACUCACUCACUCACACACACACACACACACACACACACACACACACACACACACACACACACACACACACACACACAGAUAAUAAGUCACUCAGCCACAUGGGACUAAUAUAGUUUCCCAAGCUUGCUGGUGAACUUCAAUUUGACAGGGCACCUGUUUGUUUAGGUUCUGCCUCUGCAUUCCUCUUUCUCCUUGGCCACUAUUCAAAGUCCUAAAAGGUGCUCUUGUAACCCUAAUUAGAUUAGAUUUUUAGAGACAGGCAUUUUUUAUUCAUUUAAAAUAUUUCCAUACAGUUCAAAGAACAUGUUACCAUUUUCUAAACUGUAGCCUUUAAAAAAUUAUGAAAUGGACUUUAUUCUGUUUGUGAAUAAUUGGUGCAAUGUAAAAUAUAAAUGUAUGUUUAAAAAUUGUCCUUCA